AUGGAUGGAACACAGAAUAACCAACGGGACGAAAAUAACCAGCAGAAUCAAGGGAACUCGGGAAAUGGAGGCACUAUCUCCCACUUGAGUGCAGGGUUGAAGUCGGUGUCACUCUCAGAUCAGCAGCAGAACGCCGUCAACCUCAACUUAUUACAGCAGCAGCUCCACAACGAGGCCUCCAAUCAGGCCACACAGUCCAGAAUCAGCCAGUUCUUUGCAAACCAGCCUACAAACGGGUAUACGCUAUUUUCCCACCGCUCAGCGCCCAACGGGUUCAAAGUUGCUAUAAUAUUACUGGAGCUUAAUUCUCCAUUCAACACUAUCUUCUUGGACUUUAAUUCGGGCGAACAAAGAGCUCCUGAAUUCGUCUCGAUAAAUCCAAACGCCCGUGUGCCUGCUCUUAUCGAUCACAAUAACGACAACACCUCAAUUUGGGAGUCUGGCGCCAUCAUCCUCUACUUGGUGUCUAAAUACUUGAAAGACAACGGAGAAUGUCCUCUCUGGUCUGAAAAUCUCAUUGAACAGUCACAAAUUGCCCUGUGGCUAUUCUUCCAGACCUCGGGCCACGCUCCAAUGAUUGGCCAGGCUUUACAUUUCAGAUACUUCCAUUCGUGCCCUGUGCCAUCGGCCGUUGAACGGUACACAGACGAGGUAAGGAGAGUUUACGGCGUCAUCGAAAUGGCCUUGGCCGAGAGAAGAGAAGCUCUCAUCAUGGACUUGGACAGGGAAAACGCUGCAGCCUACUCGGCGGGAACAACCCCAUUGAGUCUGUCAAGAUACUUCGACUACCCGGUGUGGCUCGUGGGUGACCGCGCAACCGUGGCAGACUUAUCAUUUGUGCCUUGGAACAAUGUUGUGGACCGCAUUGGUAUCAAUCUCAAGGUGGAAUUCCCGGAGGUGUACAAAUGGACCAAACACAUGAUGAGGCGACCAGCUGUGAUCCGUGCUUUGCGUGGAGACUAG